AUGACUAGAAUCCAUAAUAAAAGUGUCUACUUCAAAAUGGGCCUGAGAAAGAUGGUAAAUCGAACUAAGUGUCGAGACAUGCAUCAGAACGUCACGGUUGAAGUUGAUGGCCGCCAUUUGGAUCUUCCGCCACUUGAAGGAAUCAUUAUCCUUAACAUCCUCUCCUGGGGCGCAGGAGCCAACCCUUGGGGUGUGGAGAAAGAAGAUGCCUUCACACGACCUAAUCACUAUGACGGCCAAUUAGAAGUGGUUGGCGUCACUGGCGUCGUUCAUAUGGGGCAGAUAUUUUCUGGCCUCCGCACCGGAUCACGUUUGGCACAAGGAGGACAUCUGCUUAUGACCAAUUGCCACAAAACCCUUUUUAUUGCCAGCAAAGCCUUAAAUCCAACUGAUUUUGCCGAUUUUCAGAUUCGCAUAACUCUAAAAACGGACAUUCCUGUCCAAGUGGACGGGGAACCUUGGGUUCAGUCGCCUGGUCAAAUCAUAGUGCUUCGCUCUGCUCUUAAGUCUGUCUAA